UAGUAAAAUCAGAGAGAGAGAGAGGGAGAGAGAGACAUAGAUAAGAUCCUUCAAAAUCAAAAUCAUCACAGCACAGCGAAGGUUUAGGAAAGUAGUCUUCUUCUUCUUCUUAUCGUGUGUAUUCGGCUAUGGCGUCUUCAUUAUCAGCUCAAUUUCUUCAAUGUCACAACUCACUUUCACCUCUUAAGGGUAAUUUCAGCCAAAAUGUGGCUAAGGUUCAAAGGCCACGUGUGGUCUGUUGCGGUACCAAAUCACAGCUUGGUUACGGUAAAGCACUGGCAUCAAGAUCGCAUUAUGCCCUCAGGUUUUCUGUCACGCAACAAUCUGAAGCAAGGUCAACUAGAUAUAGGAGAAUGACAUGUGUCAAUGCUACAGACAAUGUACUAGAGCUUCAAGCCAAAGUGACAACCAAGUGUUUCUUUGAUAUAGAAGUUGGGGGUGAACCUGUGGGCAGGGUUGUUUUGGGCCUAUUUGGAGAAGUUGUUCCUAAGACAGUUGAAAACUUCCGUGCUUUGUGUACAGGUGAGAAAGGAUAUGGUUACAAAGGAAGCUCCUUCCAUCGUAUAAUCAAAGAUUUCAUGAUUCAGGGAGGAGACUUUACAGAAGGAAAUGGAACUGGUGGAAUUAGUAUCUACGGUCCUAGUUUUAAAGAUGAGAGUUUUGCCUUGAAGCAUGUCGGUCCUGGGGUUCUGAGCAUGGCAAAUGCUGGUCCUAAUACUAAUGGUAGUCAAUUUUUCAUCUGCACUGUAAAGACUCCAUGGCUAGACAAUCGUCACGUUGUGUUUGGACAUGUCAUUGAUGGAAUGGAUGUUGUGAAGACACUUGAAUCCCAGGAGACGAGUAGGUUAGAUAACCCUCGGAAGCCUUGCAGAAUUGCUAAUUGCGGAGAACUGCCUACUGAUGGUUGAUGCUUGCGCAGAAGAAUGCCACUAUUUUUUCUGAUCUUCAGUUCAAUUUCCAAUGUUCUGAUUGUCCCUUAUUAAUCAUGUUAAUGUCGGAAGAAACAGAGUAAAUUGAAUUUAAUCAAACACAAAUAAAUAAUUAAUUAAAUUUAUCAAGAAAACCAAUAUACAAAAUAAUGAAUAUUUCAAAAUCAAAA